AGCUUCAGCAACAGAUUCCACUGAAUCCUUCCAUCUCGGAUAUACGGAUGCUGAUUGAAGAAAGUCUGAAAAACAAUCUGGGCUCCAGCAAUAAGGGUGAUACCGUAUUCUCAUGAACCUGGGCGACCCAUCGAUUUUAGCGACAUUGAAACCGACCAUCAAUCUCCCCGGGGAGGCCAUUCAGAGCCAUGAUAGCAAGGAGUCGAGUUCCGGCAGCCAAAACAAUACCAGUAACAACAAUAACAGCGACACCACUACUGCCAGCACUUCCCCUUCUGGUGCGGAUUCUCCGGCGCCAAAGAACGAUCCAGGCGCGGUUACGAGCAACAAUCCAUUGCACACCAAAUGGCUCAUGGCCACAGCGCUCAAGGAAAAACGUAUUGCAUACAAAACGGGGACAUUUAGUUCGCAUGAGGACGAGUUGAUCCGGCAGACGAUUACAGACUACGUGGCUCGCAAUAACAUGGCAGAGGAUGCCAUUCAGCGUUGGUUCGAAAACGGAAACGGUCGCGGACGUUUUGAAAAGAAUGACCUGAAGGCUUUGUGGGUCGAAAUUGCCGUGCGCCUGCAAACUCGGCCUUUGCUUAACAUCUAUCUGCAUGUUCGUCGUAUGUUCCAUCCACAAAAUAACGUCGGCGCGUGGAGCAAGGAGGACGAUCAAAAACUCAUUGCGCUCUACGCCAAGCACAAGGGUCAGUGGACGACCAUCGGAAAUGAACUCGGACGCAUGGCUGACAGCUGCCGUGAUCGAUACCGCAAUCAUUUGAAGGAUCAGAGCACGAUGGUGACAGGGCCUUGGCAGCCUCACGAGGACGAAAAGCUGCUAACGAUUAUGCAGGAUUUGGCGCUCCAGCAAGGCAAGGCCAACAUCUUGGACUCUAGCCCGAUGUGGACCCUGAUUUCCGAACGCAUGGAGGGCACCAGAACAAGACAUCAAUGCCGGCAUCGGUACUCCCAGACGCUGCAGCCACGUCUUGAGCGAGGAGAAUGGACAGCUCCUAGCUCCGCUGCUGCGGCGGCGGCAGCGGCUGUUGCGGCCAAUGCAGCUGUUGCGGCCAAUGUGUCUUCUUCGACAUCUCCCUCGAAACAGCACCAGCAUGAACAAGAUCCAGAACGGCCAGCGUCGCUUCAGAUCCAUAAUAACCUCGGCCUCGGCAUGAGCUCUAACUCCGAUGACAGCAAGUCAGUAGCGGCAACACAGGACGUUCUCAUGCUGGCUGCCGCUUUACAAGGCGUUCUCCCAACGAACAGUAACGAUAAUAUGAUCUGGACACAGGCCAUAUCAAGCAGCAUGGAGAGUGCAGAGCAUAGCAACUUGCACGGGUCCACAGAGAGUCAUCUCGUAGAUCCUGCUCAUACUAACGAUCACCACGACGAUUUUGACGCGGUCGCCUUUGCAGCCUCGCUGCCGAUCCCGUCCAUUGUACCCAAGGCACCCAAGGGUCCCAUCCGUCGCCGCAGCGGCCUUCAACAGCAGCUGGACGUGCUCAGGAUGAUCCAAGAGGACGGUUACACAGACCAUACGGAUAUCAGGUGGGCCGACAUUGCACAGCGUCUCCGAGACAGAGUGGAGGAAGCAAAUGCGAUUCAGCUGGCCAGGAUCAUUCAGACGCACGACCGACUUGAUUCCAAGAACAGCAGCAGCAGCAGCAACAGCAACAGCAACAGCAACAGUCUACUUUGGGGCAGGCGCCUGCAGAUGCGCCCACCACGUCUUCGUCACUGUCAUCGCAGCAGACUACCGCACACGUGCCGAGAUCUAAGGGAACUGGACGUUAUGCGGAGAGUUAUCACCGGGCAGUAGACUCUGAUUCGACUUCAGCUCCCUUUGAUCUGGAGCAACAGAUGCAGCGUCAGCAGGAAAUGGAGCAGCAGCAGCACAACCGCGACCUGGCAGAGCAAAUG